AUGCCACUAGACUUUCACCUAUACAUGUUUUUGCACUUUACUCAGUUGAACUCACAAGUUGAACUCACAGGACGUGCGGCUACAGUCGUCGUUGCUCAUAUAGAGAAUCUUAAUAGCCAACCCGGAGCACAAAAUCUUACAAGAACCCAGGAAGAGCUAGAAAACAUUAAGAACACCUUUGAAGAAUUUGGAUAUGCACAUGAUGCUAUCAAAGUUCAAACCUUAAAUGUCGUGUCAGCCUAUGCAACCGUUCACGAGGACAUAUAUAACACGGCUAAUGAAAAGCGCACAAGCUUGAUUAUCCUUCCAUUCCACAAACAACUAAGUUCAGAAGGAGUACUUGAAACAACCAAUGCCACAUACAAAGAUAUAAACAUGAAUGUGAUGCAAAGUGCACCUUGCUCUGUGGGAAUCUAUGUUGACUGUGAUCUUGGGUCAUUACCGAAAAUGAACUUUCAUAUUCUUAUGAUUUUUGUUGGAGGUCUUGACGACCGUGAAGCGUUAGUUGUUGUAUAG